AUGGGUAUAGUUUUGAGAUAUGUUGAUAGACUAGGGAUUGUAAAGGAAAGAUUUAUUGGAAUUAUUCACGUGUUGGAUACAUCUUCUUUGACUCUUAAAGCCGCCAUUGAUACCGUAUUUUCCAACAAUAACUUGAGUAUAACACAGGUGAGGGGACAAGAUUAUGAUGGAGCAAGUAAUAUGAGUGGUGCAUUCAACGGUUUGAAAUCUUUGAUUUUAAAUGAAAACAGUUCUGCACAUUAUAUACAUUCUUUUGCACACCAACUUCAAUUAGUGGUUGUGGCGGUUGCAAAGAAACAUGAUGAUGUUGAUGAAUUCUUUGAACAACUAGCUUUGGUGGUUACUGUCAUUUGUGAAGUUGUUGCGGUACUUAAAUACGUCAAAGAGGAGGGGUCUACUUUAUCUAACCGUAAUCAAGCAAAGGAUAUGCAAAUUCAAGAAUUUGGGGAUAGAUUUAGUGAAGUUGGCACGGAGUUGAUGGAGAACAUGGCGGCAUUGAGUCCUUGUGAAUCAUUUUCUAGUUUUGAUAAAACAAAGUUGUUAAAGCUAAGCGAAAUAUACAAAAACGAUUUGAUGAUUUAG